GAGGCAUGUCCGUCGCAUAUCUGCUCCAGAAAUUGUUGCCCCGUGUCCUUACCAAAAUCAAGGUUAGUUAGCGCUGAGCGAGCGCAUUGAAGUGACAGUGGCAGCUGAAGAGACAAGCAGUGAAAUACGGUAAGAGUUGUUCCGGCAAUGUUGUCUGACACUGGGAUAUGCUUCAGAUCCUUUCUCCCUCCCCUGGCUGUCAGGACUACUCCUCCGACGGGCCCUGGACAAACAGGCACGUCUUUGCGGCCAUACGGAUGUGUGUUUACAGCUCCAACAGGCAGCUGCUUCCAGAAGCAGCAUAUCCAAGGCAUUUCUAACCCGAGAAUGUGCUUUGAGCUUGGGCACGGCUGAAAACUGAGAGACUCUUCCAUGCUGAGGAGAUGCCAAGCAAGCAAGAGAGGUUUUCUGCUGUUUAGCUGCUGUUUAGGGGGUUUGGGGGGUUUAGUAAGCAAAAUCUUAAGAACUGUGCCAAGGCACCACGCUGGGAAUGGGAGGGAAGCAUUCAAAGGAACUGGCAAGUGAGGAGAUGAAACAGCAAGGACGAAAGAGCGCAGCCAGCGAGGAGACGUCAUCCGAGAGGAUCCGCAAACACACUGUCACACAUUUCGGGUACAGAGUGCUAAGCUUGGCCCGCCGUGGAAUGGCAGACCUUCCAGGAGAGCUGUGGGAACUUACGGAACUGCAGAAGCUCAACCUGUCCUUAAACUGUUUGCACGACUUGCCUUCCUCGGUGGGCCUUCUUCAGAAUUUGGUGGUGCUCAACUUGUGGGGCAAUCAACUGACCAGUCUACCCCCUGAGAUUGGGCUGCUCAAGAACUUAAGGGUCCUCUUUGCUUAUCGCAAUCUUCUCAGCGAAGUUCCUGAGGAGCUCAGCUCCUGCACUAAGCUGGAGGUCCUGAGUUUGGCAAACAACCAGCUGGUGAGCCUCCCAAACAGCUUAUCUGCCCUUACAGGCCUACGCAAGCUCAACCUGAGCCACAACAGCAUCGUCCAUAUCCCGACAUGCGUCUAUGCCAUGAAGAGCCUCAUCUUCUUGCAUGUGGCGUGCAACAAGCUAGAGAACAUUGCGGAGCAGAUCCAGACACUGUCAGACCUGAAGAUUCUCAUAGUGGAAGGGAACAGCAUCCACUCGCUUCCCAAGAUGCUUUGCUGCCUGACCAAACUGGAACUACUUAACGUGGACUACAAUGACAUUCAGAACGUCCCGGCUGAAAUGCACCAACUGAACAGGCUUGGGAAGUUAGCCUGUCACCCGCUGGACAAAGGACUCCAUAUCAUGCAUAAUCCUCUGCUUAAGCCCAUUAAAGAGGUGCUGGAUGGAGGUCUCCAAGCUCUUUAUAACUACCUCAAGGCCAACUGAAAUACUGUGCUGCGAGCAAGGGAUGGCGUUAAAAAACUAGCUCAGAGGUGGCAACUGGUGGAUGACUACAUUUGCGAUACCGCCACUGACUGCUAUAUGAGAAUGUUUAAGCUGCUCAAACGUUAUGGGUUUGACGUUUACGGUUGUUAAUUGUCCUGCACUGCUUCUUCAAAGAGUUGUAGGAAGCAGUUACGUCAAACAAGCUGUCAUUUAAGGACAACGUCUUUAUCAGGCUGAUUUCAUUUGAGAGACUUUGGGUCAUGCUCAGAGCUGAAUGUAUAAAAAGGGCAGCUUGUAAUUUAUUCCUGUGCUUUGGGGACUGGUGGUGGAGGAGUUUAAACAAAAGAUAGGAACUUCCCAGCAAAUAGGAAAGAAAAGGCAUUUAAAGCCCAGCGUAGGGGAGAGCAUUGCGUGAGAAUCUGUCAACUUGGUUAUUAAACCAUAAAAAGUUCCCGGGGAGUACACAAAGGUUGCUGAUAUUGGUAUCUUCUCAUUCUGCACCAGCAGCAGCGGCGGGACUGGAGGGCACAUUUACAGCUCCCGGGAGCAUGUUAAACAAAGGGCACCGGCUUGUGCGGUCGUGCUAAACAAGCAUUGGAUUUCUUCUCCUUUUGUUUGGUUCAGAGUUCAUUUGGAACUGUCUGUGAACUUGCUGACUCAGUCACGUUGACCCUUGUUUUCCACAAUCUCUUCGCGAAGCCUCACGAGAAGGAGAGAUGCAAUUAUAACUCCCCUGCACCAUUUUCUCCCGCGCUGAACGUGUCUUGAAGAGCAAAGCAGAGACAUUUCCAUUACCUCAAAGGAAAGGUCAGCGGUGCAUCCCACUGAAAAGUACAGGACCUCUUAGUUAAAGGCCAGCAGACUUAUUUUAUCCCAAAUUAGAUACAGCCUGUGUUCAGAAGGUGAACGAGGUAAGUAAGCAUAAAAGAAAUUUAGCCAGUGUAAUAAAAAGGUGGAAAUCUGAUAGAACUUAAAGAACUUCUCAAUACAAAGAACAUGUGAGCGUCUUCAUAUUUUCUGCAAUGUACUGAUCCAGUAAUAAACUGUAGUAAAAGAACUCUGGUAAUAAUUGCUGGUAACUGUAUACACUGACAUCCUAAUGUAAAUGUCAUGAGACGUGAUACUAUGUCUGUUGGAAGUUAAAGAAUGCUGCACUGGCCUGCACAAUAUGCAUGCUGACCAGUAAUCAACCUCAUUCACAAGAUAACACCUCACAAAUUACAUAACUGUGGACUUUGCCAAGCCAUCCAUCUGAAUCAAUUUACAUACUGCUAUCCCUUUACUUGUGGCAUGUGGGUGUACAAACUAGCAAAAGAUGAUGAACUUAAUGAUGUCUUAAUUGGUAAGCAGAAUGUGCUCAUUAAGAAGAUGUAAUCAAAUAUAUCAUAAUGUCUUUGUAGUUUCUAAUAAACAACAAUGAUAUUUAAUGGAAAGACAAAUAAGACAUGUCUCCUAAUAUUUGAUCCUCAAAUAUGUCUCUUGAGAUGAAGAUCUCACUAAUCUCACCAUUAACUUGAGUUUUAGUGCAAAAUCUCACAUUAAUAGAACUCAUUAAUAGCCUUUUUUAUUUUAAUGCUGUGCAUUACUGUUUUAUUUGGCUCACUGUAUUUACUUUAAUACUUGUACAUCUAACAACUAUAUAUAAUGUAUUUAUUUAUUAUUUAAAUAAACCUGCGGUUUUGCAGCACCCAUAAUCUUUGAUCAAAUAAAUCAUCAUCUCUCACUAGAAUAUAACCAGAUAACUGAACUGAAGCUUUCUUUCUUUUUGGACAAAAACAAAAAACAUUAUUGUCUGCAAAAGUUUAACAGAAUAAAAUGAAUGAAGAAGAUGAUCAGCAACUAGGUGAAAGAAUAUCAACAGAGUGAAUUAUAAAAAAGCUAUUUUUAAACCUGAAGACACAAAAAUAGGACAGGAUAUUGUGGAGAAAAUCUAUUCAUCUGAUUUUACUAUGCACAAUUACUUCUGUUCAAGAAUGAAAAGAUUCCAAAAAUAAAACAAAAAAACUUACCGUGCUUCUCUAGGUGAUAUUUAAGAUGAAUGUGUCUAAUUAGAGAGACGUUUUUUUUUACUCCUAAAUGAAACAUCUGAAAGAUAUACAUAUAUCUGUUUAAUAUGUUAUUUUUUUCUAAUGCUAUUUCUCUUAAGCAAAUUUAGGUGAAACCUUUAAGAUAAAGUUAAACUCUAUAUGAAAUGUAAGUGAGAUUAAAAAAAGUUCCCUGGCACAUGAAAAAUCAAUAUUUGAGCAAUUAAAAUUGUAAUUGUUCUGGGAACAAUUAACCAUGUCACUAAAAGUUCUUAAAAAAUUUCUUUGCAGGUAAAAGCAUGCACCUUGUUCUACACAGGAAGUAAUCCUGUAGAAUGUAGGAUAGAUUUAAUUACUUUUAUUUUUAAUUUAUAAUCUAUAGCUUUAUUAGCUUUAAUUUAUGUCUAUUAUUCUGCCU